CAGUGUAACAGUGUAAUACAAAAUACCGCACGUGGUAUUGGAUUUUCUGUAUUGUUGAUUUUAAUAUAAUUUAUAUUUUCAAAAAUAUAUAUGUAUAUAUAAUAUAUACAAAUUGUUAAUAUAAAUUUCAGUUGUGAUUAUAAACACAAUGCAAAAAAAUCAAUCAAAGAAAUUAAAGAAAGAUUCUAAUGAAUCUGUUGCAAUGAGAAGAAUGUCUGGUUUGAUUAAAGAUAAAUCUAUUAAAAAAUCUACUAAAAAAUCUUCUACAAAAUCUUCUACAAAAUCUUUCAAAAACGAUGAUGUUAAAUUGAAUGGCGAAGGACAUAACAAAAAGAAAGUUAAAGAAAAAAUUGUAGAACAUGAUAGUGAUGAAAGUGAUAGUGAUAUGGAUCUAGAAGAAUAUGAAAGAACGUUAAAGAAUUUAAAAAAAAUAGAUCCCUCAUUUUAUUCUUAUUUAAAAGAGAAUGAUGAAAAUCUAUUGAAAUUUGAAAUGUCAAGUGAUUCCAAUUCUGAUAAUGAUGAAUCUGAAUUAUGUCAUAAACCUAAUGAUAAGUUAGAGGUAGCCAGUGAUGAAAGUGAUUUUGAACAAGAAGAACAAACUGUAUCAACCAGUAAUAAAAUAAAAGUUACGCUACAAUUAUUAAAAACAUGGCAGAAUGAUAUUCAAACUGACAAAACAUCGAAGACUAUUAAAAUUGCAAUUGAAGUUUUUCAUGCAGCAUUACAAACUGUGCAAGAAACUCCUGAUGAAAAAGAUACAUCGUUUAAAGUAGAAGGAAGUGCGAUAUUUAAUGAAGUCAUUCAAUUAUGCAUUUUACAUUUAUCCGAUGCGCUAAAACGUUUUUUAAAUUUGAACACCGAUACAUAUUUUGAGGCACACAAAUGUAAAAAAUUCGUCAAAAUAAAAAGCUCUUUAAAAUCGUAUUUAACCGAUUUAAUCAUGAUCUUACGAAAUGUUACAUCGGCUAAUAUACAAAUAAUCAUUUUAAAACAUUUAUAUAAUAUGUUGCCGUACACUCAAUCAUUUUCUUCAUUGAAAAAACCAUUAUUAAGAGUAUUAUUAAAUUUUUGGUCAACCAGUGAUGAAUCUAUCAGAGUUGUUGCAUUUCUAUGCAUAUUACGUAUGGCAUUGAAUCAAAAAGAUUCUAUAUUGGAAACACUGCACAAGACUAUGUAUUUUAAAUACGUACAAAAUUCCAAAUUCGUAUCACCCAACACGUUGGCUGGAAUUAAUUUUAUGAGACAUUCAUUAACGGAGAUAUAUUUACUGAAUCCAGAUUUUGCAUACAAAUAUGCAUUCGUAUAUAUCAGACAGCUUGCUAUUUAUUUAAGAAAUGCAAUAACUUUGAAGAAACAGGAACAUUUUCAAGCAGUUUAUAAUUGGCAAUAUAUAAAUUCAUUAUUCUUCUGGGCUAAAUUAAUAGCAACGUCAAAAAAACAAUCAAGCCUUUCUACUUUAUUGUAUCCUUUAGUACAGAUUAUUAUUGGAACAAUUAAAGUAAUACCAACACAACAAUAUUAUCCAUUACGUUUUCAUUGUGUGCAAAUGUUAAUUAACAUUUCUAAAGGAACUAAUACAUUUAUACCUAUUUUACCAUUUUUAUUAGAGGUUUUAUCAACUUAUGAUUUUAAUAAAAAACAUAAAAGUGUAUCAAUGAAGCCAAUAUCUUUUACUUGUAUAUUGAGAAUGUCAAAGUCUCAAUUAGUAGAAAAUGGUUUUAAGGAUACCAUAAUUGAUAAUAUUUAUAGAUUAAUAUUAGAAAAUGCAGCUAAAGAUAGUCAUUUGAUAUCAUUUCCAGAAUUAUAUCUACCAUGUAUAAUAGAAUUGAAAGCAUUUUUAAAGAAAUGUCACAUAGCAAAUUAUUGUAGAAAAAUGAAACAAUUAUUGGAAAAAAUAGAAGAAAAUUCGAAAUACAUAACAAAUGAAAGAUCAAAGAAAGUAUUUAAUUUACAAGACAUCGGUGAGAUUAAAAAUUGGGAAAAUGGUAUUAAAGUGGAGGGUACAAAUUUGGCCAAAUUUUAUGAUUCUUGGAUUAAGAUUCAUCAAAAUCAAAAGAUGAAAGAAAUAACGAAAAAUGAUGAAUUGGGUAAAUACGAUUUUCUCAAUUUAACAAAAUCCAAAAGGAAAUCAUCCAAUGAUGAUGAUGAUGAUGAUAAUGAUGAUGAUGAUGCGAUGAAUAGCGAAGAUGAAAGUGAUUUUGAAUUACGAAUAAAAGGAGAUAGUGUAGAAAAUGGUGCUGAUGAUGAUGAUGAUGUAUCUGUAAAAGAAUCAAAAAAGAAAAAAUUAAAAACGAAGAAUAGAUCAACGAAAAAAUCAUCAACAAAAGGUUCAGCGAUUAAUCAAAAAUUGAUCGAGGAAGAUGACGACGAUCAAGAAGAUAUUGUCACGGAUAUUAUAGAUCCUAAUGAAGUAGAUUAUUAAAAAAAUUUAAUAAAUUUUCUCAAAUCUAAUUGCUUUUUUU